AUGACUUCAACGGCAGACAAGAGAAAUCACGAAAAUGUAAAAACGAAACACUCAUCCGAGAGAAACAUUUGCUUCACUUUCUGGAAAAGCAAUGUAAAAAGCGAUGAAAGUGUUGGCAGCGGACCGGCAUUUGAUGAGCAGCCGAGCGACUCGUUUAUAGUCCGAAGCAAAUCCGCUAUUCUUCGCUGCAAAACAUUGAAUGCAUUGAAAGCCUGGUUUGCGUGCAAUACGGGAGAUGAGAGAGCGAUUCAAGACAAACAAAUCGGUCACAACUAUGUCGACCCCCAAACAGGCAUCAGAAUAAUUGAACUCGAUUUGGAAGUCACACGAAACGACAUCGACGAGCACGCAAAGGCUGGAUACACCACACCAUACCAGUGCUGGUGUAAUGCCUACGGCGGACACCAAUCGAUUGUCAGCCGUCGCGCAUCCAUCCUCUUCUCGUGUAAAUAUUGA